ACCCUGAAUCCCGCACAUACUCGUAGUUGUAUGUAUCGGUUUAUUUGUAUAUAAAUCCUCUAAACGAACCUUAUCAUUAUUGUUUACUCUGUUUCUCUCUCUCUCUCUCUCUACUUUUCUAUAUCUUGCCUUCUUUUCCUCACAAUUUGAAACGUUUUUCAUUCCACAGCAGAAUUAAUCUCCAGAAAACUAUGGGUUCUUCAUCGGGUUUUAAGGUGUUGAUUCUCUUGGCACUCUUGGCCACCUCAUGCAUGGCACAAGCACCAGCAGGCGCGCCGAGGGUCUCACCCACCGCCACCCCGACACCAGCACCCGCGGUGGGGACGCCAGCUCCGUCGUCUCCUUCUCCGUCUCCGGCUCCGGCCCCAGUUCAAACUCCAACUCCAACUCCAAUUCCAUCACCUGCCCCCGGAACCGAAACUGAAACCCCAUCUCCUGCACCAGGAGUAAGUGCACCAUCUGCACCCACCCCUGGCCCUGGGGCUCCCACAACAGGCCCAACUGCUGAUCAGACGCCAUCUGAUGGUUCAAAUGACGGGUGGGUCAACAGGGCGGCGAUUGGCAGCACGGCCUUUGCUGCAACGCUUGUGGCGGUGGCGUUGAUGUAGGUUUUCAACGUGGAAGCUUAUGUUGAUAUAGGUGUGACAUUUGGACGGCUGAGAUUUAUUUGUCCCUUUGUUUGAUUUAGUUGUAAUCUUAGUUUAAUAUUUAUUUCUUUUUUUUAUAUUAUAUUUUAUUUGUAUGAAUAUUUGUGAGGGGAGUCACAUGUGUAUGAAAUAAAUGAAUAAAAGUGCAUUUCUGAUUCAACUUGAUUAA